AUGCGUCUUAAAACUACUCUUCAAAAAGAGCCAAAGCAUAUCCUUUUUAACCUAAAUAAUAAAGUUAUUGUCCGUCAAGUAGUAGCAGUAGUAGGAAUGUAAACUUAAAAUUACCAACAAAAUUUUUAUAAAAAACCCAUAAAAUAAGUAUAGACCUAAUUUAUAAGGGCCCAAUGAGGUAUUGUAUUAAUAAAAAAUAAUGCCAGCUUGUCUAGUAAUGUAUGUACAUCUAUAUUUAUUUUAAGGAUGGUGAGACUCCUAAGCCCAUAUUACUAUUAUGGGUAGAGUGCAUCAAAGCAUAUAAUUAUAAUAUUAGGCAUAAUUAAUGAUGAAUGCUUCCUUCCUCAUAAAAAUUUCAUGGUGAAUGCAGCAAUAUCUCUCGAUUCUAGCUGUGUAUAAUGUGACGAGAAUUUUUAAUGACCUGCCGUCGCCCUUUUUCCUGACAUAAUUGCAGUUGGUAAAUUAUUUUGUUUUAAUGACCGUAGCAACUUUAUUGUAUGCUUACUUCUAGAAACGCGGCAAGAAAUAUCAGCAACCUGUGGUGGCCCCUUCCCUCAGCCUCAGCACCCUACAUUGGCUAGUUACACACUGUGGUGACAAUCGAAAAGUGUGAAAACGAAGAAAAACAAUACAAAAAAUAGUUAUAAAAAUAUUGCUGAUGAAAACGGCGUGUUGUCUGCCAUGGGAAGCAAUAAUUAUUCAAUGGGCUCAACUCACCCCACCCAGUCACUUCAUUAUUUUAAUUUAGACCUUUAAGUAUUUUAAUGUUGUUAUUCCUUAUAAAAUUGAUAUAAAUAAUGAAUGUUAAGUAAUGUAAGCACUAACAUUCAACUACAACUAUCGCUCUACUUCUGAACCACUUACCAAAAGUUUUUUAAAAAUUGUCUUACUAAAGCAGGUGCAAAAAGGUACAUCGUACUCUUCAUACUACACAAUUUUGAAUUUAGUACCUGACUUUCCUUGGAUAUUUCACACAACAAUUUCACACGUUCAAACAGCAAUGGUGAUUAGAUCUUUUGCUUGCGCCUUACUUACUAGCCGCUGUUCAAUUUUAGUCAUUAAAAUUUAGUCUGGCUCAAUUUAAAGAGAACUUUUUUUUUAUUCAGUGAAGUAGUAGACAAUUAUGAUGAGGUUGAACUGCCAGAAGUAGCUUGCUUGGAUAAAUUCCUAGGUUAUAAUAAAAACAUAAUCACCACUCAUUUUAUUUAAAUUUAAACAAGAACAGCAACUACAAAUUUUUAUUUAAUAUAUUAUAUGGUUGAUAGAAGCAGUAGGCUAUUUACAACUUCAUAUUAUUUAAAUUCAUUUUCACCGGGCUGAAGUUCAUUCAAUUAUUUUGUUUAGACUUUUCCCUUUUCCCUAGAUGCAGCAGUAUACAUUAUUUAGAGAGCUGUCUGUGGGUAUUUUAUAUUAUAUUACGCAUAUUAUCCUUUUUAAAAAUUUUAAUCAAUAAUUUAUUCUUCAAUCAUUUUUCAUAUUAAAAUUAAUUUCCUUGACUGAGACUUACAUUCAGAGCUUGUAAGUUGUGUGGGGUGGACAACUCCAGAUGAAGUAUACUCUUGUGCUGAUGACCAUCAUGUCUUAAAAUGGAACCUGACCAACAAUGAAACGGUCACACUGCUUGAUCUGUCAAAAGAUUGUUUCCCAACUAGCAUGCAUUGGUUUCCUAAGUCAGCACAGGGAGGCGGAGCCAAAAAGGCAGGAUCAGAUGUUUUUUCUUUGACCUCAACAGACGGUAAACCCAUUCCAAAAUAAUGUUUUAUGAAUUUAUUAUAAUUUUAAUGCCGUCACUAUUCUAUCAUCUGAAAUUAUGUCUAAAUAAUUAUUCAUAAUAUUGAAUUUUAGGCAAGAUAUUUCAAUUAGUUUUAAACAUUUAUAACUGAACCUAUGAUUUAAUUUAUUUCCAUGGUAAAUAAGAGUAUUUUUAAUUUGUAAUUCUAGGAAAAUUCCAUCUGAUCAGUCGCACAGGCAGAGUAGAGAAGAGUGUUGAGGCCCAUAAGGGAGCAGUUUUGUGUGGUCGUUGGAGCUAUGAUGGGACUGCACUUGUCACAGGGGGUGAAGAUGGACAAGUGAAAAUCUGGUCCCGUAGCGGCAUGUUGAGAUCCACACUCACACAGAACAGUAAGCAGUUUAAAUUUCCUUUCAUUUAGGUAUAGCAUUGUUUUAAAGUAACAAUUAUUAUUUCCGAUGUUCAAUAAUAAGUUGGAUAUGCAUUUUGCUAAGACAAAUAAUUACUUUAAAAAUUCUUAAAGUACAUUAUUGUUUAUUCCGUUUUUUUCACCAUGUCCUGGUAUCUGUAAUACUUUUGCAUUUCUUGGUAACUGGCUCCAGCAGGUGUAUGUUAUUGUACUCUGAAUUCUAUUAUUAUUCUUAUGGUCAAGAAUGUGUAUUUAUAUAUUUUUAGGUAUCCCAGUAUACAGCGUUGCUUGGAGCCCUGACUCUGAUCAAGUUUUAUUCACAAAUGGUCGACAAUUGGUAAUUAAACCUCUGCAGGCUAAUGCAAAGCCCCAAAUGGUAAAUUGUUUAGCUAAGAUAAAACUUAUUACAUUAGGAGAUUAAUUUGGGCCAUAAUAAGACACAAAGUUGUCAAUUUAAUAGAAAUGGUUUUUGGAAGGGGGGAAGGACUCCUUGUUUUUAACCUAACUAAAAAAUAAACAGCUCAUAGGUCACCAAUAAAUAUUAUGAUCAAAGGUAUUUGAAAUGGUCAGUACAUUGUCCAAAAAGAUGAAAAACCAUUGAAGGCAUUAUAAAUUUGUUUAAACUAUAGGGAAAAGGAUAGGUUAAAUAACAAGCUGUCAAAUGUUCGAAAUCAAAUAGCAUUGCACAUCUGGAUCUUAAAUUUAGCAGGUCACAUGAAAAAUCACCAUUUCAUGUGACUGAAGCAUCUAGUAAAAUAUCUCCCUUUCGCUUUGGCCUUUGAUAAAGUUUGAUCAUAUGCUUGUCACACCUGUACUGUAUAAUAUUGUACUAAUUGUGUUGAUUGCUGGAAAUUCAUGUAUUUUUAGUGUUUUUUAAGGGAAAGUGAGAAAAAUGAAACUUUUUCAUAAAAUUUAUUUUUGUUGAUUUUUUUCCAUUAUGUCCUUUUGAUAAAUAAUGAGCGAUGCAAUGGGAUCUGAAAUCAUUUUACAUUAUACGCCCCAAUUUCUAGAUAAGAGAACUCUCACCUUAGAUUCAAGAGGAAAAAAUGGCGUUAAAGAAUGAUGGGACACUCAAAAUAAGAUUCCUUUCGUGUUUUCUCGGUUUUAGUCAAAGAAAUGCCCGUUAAUUUCUAACGAGACUGUUGCAGUUCUGCUAUAAUUUUCUAUAGUUAUGUGAUCAAAGUUUUUUCUAUUCUUGUUUUAAUAAAAGAUUAUCAGGGGUCAUGCGUGAAAGACAUAGGAGGAGAACUUUCGAGUUGCUUGAUCUGAUAUUUAGCCAAAUGCAAAAGAACUACGUUCAUAAAAACAUACUUCUUUUCUAUUGACAUUCAAGCUUUAAUAGUGAAAUCUAUUGCAUGCUUUUAUAAAUUGGUAUAAAAGUUCUACUUGAUCAUGUUAAUUUCACGUCUACAAGAAAAAAGACAUUUAAAUGUUGAUACAUGCAAAAAAAUAGUAAAAUAAACAAUAGUAAAUUGGUUAUGUUUUUUUUUUUUCAUGUUUUUCAUUAUGGUGUGCCGUAGAAAUCUGGGAAUGGUCUACAUGGGCUGUGAGUGAAAAAAACGGCUAUGGAGCCAUGGUUUACACCACUCAACCAUAUGAAGUCUGUUUUGUCACAACCUAUGUAUCUUUUAAACUCCAUUAAUGUCAUUGUUAUUACUACUAUUCAAUUGAAUGUUUAUUUCAGUGGAAGGCUCAUGAAGGAAUCAUCUUGUGUGUUGAUUGGAAUGCUGUAGGCAAUUUUAUUCUGUCUGGUGCAGAGGACAAACGCUAUAAGGUAUGACAGAGCUUUAAGGCUGUAACACCUCAGUCAUGACCUAGUUGACAGAGCUUUAAGUCAGUAAAACCUUAGUCCUGACCUACUUGUCAGAGCUUUAAGUUAGUAGUACCUUAGUUCUGACCUACUUGUCAGAGCUUUAAGUCAGUAACACCUUUGUCCUGACCUACUUGUCAGAGCUUUAAGUCAGUAACACCUUAGUCCUGACCUACUUGUCAGAGCUUUAAGUCAGUAACACCUUAGUCUUGACCUACUUGUCAGAGCUUUAAGUCAGUAACACCUUAGUCCUGACCUACUUGUCAGAGCUUUAAGUCAGUAACACCUUAAUCCUGACCUACUUGUGAGAGAUUUAAGUAAGUAGCACCUUAGUCCUGACCUACUUGUGAGAGAUUUAAGUUGGUAAUUCCUGAGUUAAAUUUACAAAUUAACAGUUUUUGUUGUUUAAGUUCUCAGUAGUGACUUUGGCAAUUUAGAAAUAAAACUUUUUUUUUUUUUAAUGUAACACAUUCCUGGCAAUAAUCUAAUCUUUUGUAUUGAAGGUGUGGGACACUUAUGGGCGUCAGUUAUACAGCAGCAGUAGCCAUGAGUAUCCCAUCACAUCUGUGGCCUGGACACCCGAUGGGGAAAUGUUUGCUAUUGGAUCUUUCAACACUCUCCGCCUGUGUGAUAGAAGCGGGGUGAGCUGGAUGCAAAAAGUGCCAGUUACAAAAAGUUUACUUCUGUCCUAUAAAUGAAAUAAUGAAUAAUAUUAGUUGUUAAUUUUCUACACAUCUUUUGAAAAAUUGUGAUAUUUUUGUGUUAUAUAACAAUAACAUCAUAUCAUAACUUAAAAUUGUAACUUUUUUUGGUUUUUAGGAAAUUUUUAUAGAUUUCUACCACCUUUCAAUUAAUAUUGUAUGGGAAAAGUCAGAGAAGUGUAUACCGUAUGUAUUGUUUAUAACUGCAAUACAAUAUAAGAGAAAGCAUUGUUAUUUAUUUUUACAACAGUGGUCCUAUGCCCUCGAGAAGCCGAACACUGGAAGUAUAUUCAACAUUGCAUGGUCCAGUGAUGGAACACAAAUAGCUGGGGCAUGUGGAAACGGUCAAAUCAUAUUUGGCAAUGUCAUUGAAAUGUAAGUUUAUAUUAAAUUUCUGGCACAAUUGAAGAAGAAUGUUAGGACCAUAGUCAUGUGACUCAACCUAUAAUAGGUACUUUUUUCACCAUUCAUUCAGUGAUCAUGCAAAGAGACAAUGGUCAAGAAAUAUGUCUAUUUUUGGGAGCUGUUUGAAGCUGCCAGAUAUUUUAUUUCACUAUUGUGGACCAGAUCUGCUUGUAUAGUGAGCAUACUACAGAGGUGUAGUGCAGUUCUUUAUUGCUGAAUGUAGUCCAGUAAUGGCCCUAUAUCAUCUAAAUGUUAAUGCAGUUGGACCUUGCGCCCCCCCCCCCCCCCCCCCCCCCCCCUCUGAACUUAUUGGAAAAAAUUAAGAUUUUUGUUUUUUAGUAUUCCCUUGACAGAUAAAUAACACACAAAACAGCAAACACUCAUUUAUAUAGAGAGAGAAAUUGUAAUUUAAGUAUUUGCAAGUAAACCAUGUCCUUAAUAUAUAUAUAUAUAUAUAUUUUGUGUGUUAAGUUUGUAUAAGUUAUAAGUUUUGCUUUUUGUGACCUUUUCCCAGGCCCAGGGAGUUCACUGGGUUUUUUACACAUGGCUGGUGGGGAGUUUUGCUUAUCUCCCAUAUCUGAUGGGGAGUUUGGUUUGUCAUACAUAGCUGGUGGGGAGUUUGGUUUGUCAUCCAUAGCUGGUGGGGAGUUUGGCUUAUCUCCCAUAGCUGGUGAGGAGUUUGGCUUAUCUCCGAUAGCUGGUGGGGAGUUUGGCUUAUCCCCCAUGGCUGGUUGGGAGUUUGGCUUAUCCCACAUGGCCUUUUGGGAGUUUGGUUUAUCAUCCAUAGCUGGUUGGGAGUUUUGCUUAUCUCCCAUAGCUGGUGGUGAGUUUGGCUUAUCCCCCAUAGCUGGUUGGGAGUUUGGUUGUCAUCCAUAGCUGGUUGGGAGUUUGGCUUAUCCCCCCAUAGCUGGUGGGGAGUUUGGCUUAUCCCCCAUAGCUGGUGGGGAGUUUGGCUUAUCCCCCAUGGCUGGUUGGGAGUUUUGCUUAUCUCCCAUAGCUGGUGGUGAGUUUGGCUUAUCCCCCAUAGCUGGUUGGGAGUUUGGUUGUCAUCCCUAGCUGGUUGGGAGUUUGGCUUAUCCCCCCAUAGCUGGUGGGGAGUUUGGCUUAUCCCCCAUAGCUGGUGCCCUCAAACCGAAUAGGGGGUACCGACCAAGGGAGUUUGGCUUAUCCCCCUUAGGUUGUGAGGAGUUUUGGUUAUCCCCCAUAGGUGGUUGGGGAGUUUGGCUUAUCCCCCAUAGCUGGUUGGGAGUUUGGCUUAUCCACCAUGGCUGGUUUGGAGUUUGGCUUAUCCCCCUUAGCUGGUGGGGAGUUUGGCUUAUCCCCCAUAGCUGGUGGAAAGUUUCAGGUUAUCCCCCAUAGCUGGUGGAAAGUUUCAGGUUAUCCCCCAUAGCUGGUGGAAAGUUUCAGGUUAUCCCCCAUAGCCGGUGGGGAGUUUGGCUGUAUUUGAACACUAUCCAUGUUGUUUUACUGAUACUAUGUUUGAUGCAGACGGCUGGAGUGGAAAAACUUUGAAGCCACUCUGACGGCCAGUAAACAGAUCAAUGUAAGAAAUGUGAUGAACGACGCCACAGAAAAGCUGGACUUCAGGGACAGAGUGAUCAAGGUUGCUCUUGGCUACAACCAUCUUGUGGUGGCCACUUCCUCACAAUGUUACAUUUACAAGUAAGCAAAAUUAUUAUUCUUAUUGAUUUGAAUUAAUUGUAGGAAAAUGAAAUUAUAUUUUAUAUUUUUUUUUUUUAAUAGAGACAUUCAUAUGUAAAACAAAAAAAAAGGAAAAUUUCAAUUUCAUUGGAAAGAUCAAAAUCUUUGAAGAACUCUUAAUUGUUAUUCAGCAUUCAAAAAGUUCAAAAAACUUUUUAAGUGAAUAAUAUUAUGAUAUCAAGCAGACAGAAAGAAUUGAUAGAUUCUAUUUCGAAUUUCUUGCUGUCUUGCCAUGAUUAAUUAUUUUCAUAGUUUAUUCUUAGACUUUUUGUUUCAUCAUUACUUUUUUUUUUUACUUGUUUAUUCCCGUGUCUUGUUUCCCAUGUCCCGUGUCCCAUUUCCCUUCUCCGUGGAAAGCUUUCUUUGUUCUGUUGGGAAACUUUGAAAGCUUCCUCAGUCCUUGCCCUUUUUAUGACCAUUUUGUAAGUACUUUUCUUAACAAAACCAAUGAUAUAAAACUUUUUUGUUUUGUUACAGUACAAAGAACUGGAACACUCCAAUGAUAUUUGACCUUAAAGAAGGAAGUGUCACUCUGAUCAAACAGGCAGAGAAGUAAGGACAACUAUAUGAUACUGAAAUAAAAAAAUUUGUAUGAAAUACUUUUGUAAUAAAUUAUACCUGGGACAAGUUAAGUAUUUGUAAAGUAAUGAAAGGGGAGGGGGCGGGAAUGGCUGUGAUAAAGUUGUAUAUUAAAAAAAUAUGAACGACAUGGAAUGUGUAAGCUUGAAUAACUAACGGCUGUUGUUCAAGUUUUCACAUACUGGUACCCAUAAUCAUUAGCUCUUAAUUUGUACCACUACACAGAAUCAUAAGCUUCAAACUAACCCGUUGUACAGCUCUAACUUUUACCUGUACACACAUAUUAUAAGCUAUCAUAAUCAGACGUACAAGAGCUCUUAACUUGUACCGGUACCCAGAAUCAUAAGCUCCAAACGAGAAUUACACUUCUAACCUUGUACCGGUACUCAUCAUUGUCAAUACAGUUAAUCUUAAAAAGUCAUUUGAGUGGAUAUUUAGAAAUUGACUAUUGCAGAAUUUACUGAAACAUUUUUAUUAUUUGUUUGCGCCAGGUUUUCAACAUGUUUUAAUCGUACAACUUUCCUGAACGGAUAGUUAACAAUCUCAAAACACACUGUUCAAAAUUUUUUUUUUUUUAAAAUACAGGCUGUUUAGACAGUAAUAUUAUUUUAUGAGAAUAUAUCAAAUUUUUAUGAGAAUAUAUCAAAUUUUUAUGACAAUAUAUUACAUUUUUAUGACAAUAUAUCAAAUUUUUAUGACAAUAUAUCAUAUUUUUAUGACAAUAUAUAAAAUUUGUAUGACAAAAUAUCAAGUUUUUCUGAGAAUAUAUAGAUGAUAAUAUUCCAAUCCAAUUUUAAGGCAAAAUGUCCACAAUUAAAAUUUUUUACUUUUGAUUUUUCAUUCAUUUUUAUAAAUACUCUUGUGACACACCCUUGACCUUGGGGACAUAAAUGUUGAAAAAUGUUUGUUAAUAACAGCACUGAUAUUUUCUAAGUUUCUGACAUUAAAUCUUAUUUAAACUUAACAAUAGUCCAACCCUUUUCUUAAAAUUACAAUAUAUCCAAUAUUUUCAGAUUCCAUUAGUUUUUGCAUACACUAUUUAUACUCACAACAGACACUUCCUCCUGGUUGACGGGACCGGCGUUUAUGUGUUUUCCUAUGAUGGGCGCCUGGUUUGUUCACCACGCUAUCAAGGUAUGAAGGCUGAAGUCCUGAACCAGCAAACUAUUGCAAUUUGUAAUGACACGGUCGCUAUAAGGGAUAAAACGGAUGAAAAGGGUGAGCCUACUACAGCUUUUUGUUAUGUCAGUGCUUUAGUACAGUACUAUUCUUGUAAUGUUAAUUUUUUUUUACUAUUGCAUUGAAGAAUAUUAUGGGUUUUUUUAAGUAUAUUUUUUGAGAACUCUGGUGGUCAGCGAAUCCGCUGUCUAUUUAAUGACAGUUGGUAAGAUUCCAGUAUUGUCAUCGUGACAACAACUCUAGAACCUCAGUUACUCAAGUGUGUCAAACAAAUAACUGACAAUUAUUUUGCAUGUAACAAAUUUGCAAAUUUUUCUUCUUUUUUUUUACUGUUUACGUAUUAUGUUAUAUGCUUAGUUUGAUAAAGUUUCUGGAAAAAAAUCUUUUUUAAAAUGCCAAAACUGUUCAUUUAAACAGAAUAAGUUUUCUUUUUUCCUUUAUAAAUUGUAUAUGUUGAACCCUUUCUAUGUUGUAUAAUGAUGUGAAAUCUCUCUCCACAAGUUGUCUAUGUGUUUGAUGCACAGACCGGAAAAACAAUGGGGGAUGGCAAACCAAUCACUCAUAAGGUAAACAUGUGUGUUUAGAUGCAGAGCUGUGGGGCAACCAAAACACGUUUGAGCUUGAGUAACUUUCAUUAUUCAUGGAUGUUAAAAGGUAGAAGUUUAAAACUCGGACAGUUAUACUGUAAUAUUGGGUGUUCGGAUAGUUAUACUGUAAUACGGGGUGUUCAGAUAUUAGGCACACAUACACAUAUUGUUUAUCAGAAAACUAGGGUCUGAUUUCUGUAUCUUAUUUUUUGGUUUGCCCCCCCCCCCCCCCCCCUGAAAUUUAAGUUAUUAAAAAACAUGUUCAAUCUAUAUUUUUGUAAUGUGCUUGUUGUGUUUAGGUAGAGGUCAUGGACAUUGGACUUGAUCAGUGUGGUGUUACGGCCGAGAGAAGAAUCUCUCUUGUGGACAAAAACAGAGACCUGUUCAUCACGUCUGUCCGAAUAUUUGGCUCUGAGAGGAAGAUCAUCAAACUCGGUACUCUCAUGGGGGACUUUUUCAACCGCAUAAAGGGGGACUUUUUCAACUACAUAAGGGAGACUUUUUCAACUACAUAAGGGGGACUUUUUCAACUACAUAAGGGAGACUUUUUCAACUACAUAAGGGGAACUUUUUCAACUACAUAAGGGAGACUUUUUCAGCCACAUUUUUUUGUGUGUAUUUUAGCUUACGCAUGUAGAUUAAGUAACAUUUUGAAGAAUUGUCAGACAUUUAAAAUGAUUAUGUGUCGUACCAUGUUGUAUUGUUUUGGUUCCUCUGUUCCCAGCCAACAUGAUCCAGACUCACGUCUGGAAUGAUGAGACCAACAUGCUGGCUGCCAUGACAGAUGGGAAGAUCUUGGUCUGGUACUACCCUAAUGCUGUUUAUGUUGACAAGGAUCUGCUGCCAAAAACACUUUACGAGAAGGAUUCGAGGUUUGUUUUGUCAAAAAAAUGUUAAAAGAGUCGGUGAACUUUUGAGCAAGUGUGCCUUGUUUUGAUAUAAUUUAAGGAGCUUCUGCUAAGUUUUUUUAAAUACUUUGAGUUAGUGUGUCCUGUGCUAACUUAGGUUAGAGCUUUGAGUUAGUGUGUCCUGUGUUAACAUAGGUUAGAGCUUUUACUUAGUGUGUCCUGUGCUAACAUAGGUUAGAGCUUUGAGUUAGUGUGUCCUGUGCUAACAUAGGUUAGAGCUUUUACUUAGUGUGUCCUGUGCUAACAUAGGCUAGAGCUUUGAGUUAGUGUGUCCUGUGUUAACAUAGGUUAGAGCUUUGAGUUAGUGUGUCCUGUGCUAACAUCGGUUAGAGCUUUUACUUAGUGUGUCCUGUGUUAACAUAGGUUAGAGCUUUGAGUUAGUGUGUCCUGUGCUAACAUAGGUUAGAGCUUUUACUUAGUGUGUCCUGUGUUAACAUAGGUUAGAGCUUUUACUUAGUGUGUCCUGUGUUAACAUAGGUUAGAGCUUUUACUUAGUGUGUCCUGUGCUAACAUAGGUUAGAGCUUUUACUUAGUGUGUCCUGUGCUAACAUAGGUUAGAGCUUUGAGUUAGUGUGUCCUGUGCUAACAUAGGUUAGAGCUUUGAGUUAGUGUGUCCUGUGCUAACAGAGGUUAGAACUUUGAGUUAGUGUGUCCUGUAUAGAUUACAGAUGUCAGCUGAUCAGAACUUACUAUCAGAGCAUUAAAUGGAUUUUUUUUUAACAGUGUAUUAAAAGAUAAAUAAUGGCCAAAAAUAUUAUUUCAGUGAAUUUGGCAAAGCUCCACAGCUGGUUGGUUUUCUAGGCAGCCAUCUUAUUCUACGUCGGUCAGAGGGUUCUCUCAUCUCAACAUCCAUCACGUCCUAUCCCUCUGUGCUGCACUCGUACGUCAUGAGCAAUAAGUGGGAUGACGCCGUCAGAUUGUGCCGCUUCGUCAAGGUAUUGCAUUAUAUCUGUGCUCCCAAUCAUCCAUCUCUAAUUAGAUUUAUUUAAUGAACACAGCCUUUCAACUUGGCUGAGCCACAACGUUGCUGAGCCAUAACAAUUUGGCUGAGCCAUAAAAACUUGACUGAGUCAUAAUGACUUGGCUGAGCCAUAAGAACUUGGCUGAGCCCUAACAACUUGGCUUGUUAGGGGUUUGAUGCAUUUUUAUUUUUAAUUGUUUGUUUGGUAACCUUAGCGAUACAAGGUAAGCUAUGCUUGCCAAAUGAAAAUACAUUCCUACCACUAAUUGUGAAGGAUGAAAGACAAGAAACUCAGCUUCAUCCAUCACCAGCAGUUUGAUAUCGAGUUUAUUUUUUUUUUUAAUCCUACACUUGCAAAGGCCUCACAGUUUGAAUAUUUGAUUAAACCAAAUUGUCUUUAUAUUUAAUUCAUUUAAGAAACAAGUUGGAUCAAUUGUAAUCAUUAUAUUUAAUAGGGUAUGGUUAGCAAAAAGGAGUUUCAUAUAGUUUAAUGUCGUAACCAAAAAGGAGUUUCAUAUAGUUUAAUGACGUAACCAAAAAGGAGUUUCAUAUAGUUUAAUGACGUAACCGGUUUGGUUAGCCAAAAGGAGUUUCAUAUAGUUUAAUGACGUAACCGGUUUGGUUAGCCAAAAGGAGUUUCAUAUAGUUUAAUGACGUAACCGGUUUGGUUAGCCAAAAGGAGUUUCAUAGAGUUUAAUGACGUAACCGGUUUGGUUAGCCAAAAGGAGUUUCAUAGAGUUUAAUGACGUAACCGGUUUGGUUAGCCAAAAGGAGUUUCAUAGAGUUUAAUGAUGUAACCGGUUUGGUUAGCCAAAAGGAGUUUCAUAGAGUUUAAUGACGUAACCGCAGCAAUAUUCUGCUCUGGAGGAUGUUCUUUUGUCCAAACUUUUCCAUUAACUUUGCUCAAGAUUUUUAUAUCUAUAAUUUUUGUUAGAUUUAACUGUAUUCACUUGACAUAACAAGAACAAGAAAUUUAAUCAUUAAAUUGUUGUGUCCUGUAAUUUUUGUUAGAUUUAACUGUAUUCACUUGACAUAACAAGAACAAGAAAUUUAAUCAUUAAAUUGUUGUGUCCUGUAAUUUUUGUUAGAUUUAACUGUAUUCACUUGACAUAACAAGAACAAGAAAUUUAAUCAUUAAAUUGUUGUGUCCUGUAAUUUUUGUUAGAUUUAACUGUAUUCACUUGACAUAACAAGAACAAGAAAUUUAAUCAUUAAAUUGUUGUGUCCUGUAAUUUUUGUUAGAUUUAACUGUAUUCACUUGACAUAACAAGAACAAAAAAUGUAAUCUUUAAAUUGUUGUGUCCUGUAAUUUUUGUUAGAUUUAACUGUAUUCACUUGACAUAACAAGAACAAGAAAUUUAAUCAUUAAAUUGUUGUGUCCUGUAAUUUUUGUUAAAGCUAUGAUACAAUUCAAUACAGUUUGAUAUGCAUCAAUAUCAUUUUUUUUUUAAUCAUACAAUACAAACACUGGGAAUUAUGGAAACAACAGGAAGCCAUGUUUGUAGUUAUCAUAAGUUACAGAAAUUAUGAAACAUUAAUUAGGUUGCUGUUUACCAUGUGCUCUGUGCUUAAUAUUAUGAGUUAAGUUUCAAUGUCCCCAGUCCCUGUGGGACUUGGUGACCACUUACCGGUAACUAAUAAAAAAUUUAAAAAACUAAUUUCAGGAAGAUAAUUUAUGGGCCUGCCUGGCAGCCAUGGCGACCUAUGCCAAAGAUCUGAACACUGCUGAGAUUGCUUAUGCUGCCAUCCAAGAGGUAAUGGACCUCGUUGAUUAAAAGUACUUGUUCAGUUGGUGAAAGUCUGCUGCAAAUAUUUAGUCUGUGAAUGUAGUCUCACUCAUCUACAUAUUGGAUAUAUUUACACAAAUUAAAUAUCAGCAUGCCACAGUGGAAACAAGUGCUGUUUAUGUCAGUUUUUUCUCUGUUUCUAAUUCACUUAGAUAGUUACAUUUUUUUAAAUUCCCAAAUGAAACCUAAAAGAUUUUAGAAUCCUUGCAGUCAGAGAACAAAAAGUUAUAUUUUUAUUGAAAAUGAAAUCAGUUAGUCUCUUGAGAGCAUUUUUUAAAGAAGUAUUUGAUUAUUAACCCACUGUCACUUCAUAAUGCUUGCACUUCAGAGACCAUUUAAAUUGUCACUUCAUAAUGCCUACACUUUAGCAGAAACCAUUUAAAUUGUCACUUCAUAAUGCUUGCACUUCAGAGACCAUUUAAAUUGUCACUUCGUAAUGCUUGCACUUCAGAGACCAUUUAAAUUGUCACUACGUAAUGCUUGCACUUCAGAGACCAUUUAAAUUGUCACUUCAUAAUGCUUGCACUUCAGAGACCAUUUAAAUUGUCACUUCAUAAUGCUUGCACUUCAGAGACCAUUUAAAUUAUCACUUCGUAAUGCUUGCACUUCAGAGACCAUUUAAAUUGUCACUUCAUAAUGCCUACACUUUAGCAGAAACCAUUUAAAUUGUCACUUCAUAAUGCUUGCACUUCAGAGACCAUUUAAAUUGUCACUUCGUAAUGCUUGCACUUCAGAGACCAUUUAAAUUGUCACUUCGUAAUGCUUGCACUUCAGAGACCAUUUAAAUUGUCACUUCAUAAUGCUUGCACUUCAGAGACCAUUUAAAUUGUCACUUCAUAAUGCCUACACUUUAGCAGAAACCAUUUAAAUUGUCACUUCAUAAUGCUUGCACUUCAGAGACCAUUUAAAUUGUCACUUCGUAAUGCUUGCACUUCAGAGACCAUUUAAAUUGUCACUACGUAAUGCUUGCACUUCAGAGACCAUUUAAAUUGUCACUUCAUAAUGCUUGCACUUCAGAGACCAUUUAAAUUGUCACUUCAUAAUGCUUGCACUUCAGAGACCAUUUAAAUUAUCACUUCGUAAUGCUUGCACUUCAGAGACCAUUUAAAUUGUCACUUUAUAAUGCCUACACUUUAGCAGAAACCAUUUAAACUGUCACUUCAUACUGCCUACACUGCCACAGAAACCAUUUAAAUUGUCACUUCACAAUGCCUACACUGCCACAGAAACCAUUUAAAUUGUCACUUUAUAAUGCCUACACUUUAGCAGAAACCAUUUAAAUUGUCAAUUCACAAUGCCUACCAUGCCACAGAAACCAUUUAAAUUGUCACUUCACAAUGCCUACACUGCCACAGAAACCAUUUAAAUUGUCACUUCACAAUGCCUACACUGCCACAGAAACCAUUUAAACUGUCACUUCACAAUGCCUACAUUGCCACAGAAACCAUUUAAAUUGUCACUUCACAAUGCCUACACUGCCACAGAAACCAUUUAAAUUGUCACUUCACAAUGCCUACACUGCCACAGAGACCAUUUAAAUUGUCACUUCAUAAUGCUUGGCCUUCAGAGACCAUUUCAAACAAACCAUGAUCAGUGAGCCACACACACUUUUCUUAAACUAUUUUCUCAUGAAAUUUAAGGGUGGGGGUGGGGUGGGGGAGAAGAACUUUGUUUUUUUUAGUUAGUAUUUGAAAUCAUCUAAAAAUGCUUCCUUUUUUUUAAUUAUUAUUUUUUUUAUUUAUAAGUUUUUGAACAUUAAAUUUGGUUUGUACUAAUAAUUCAGGCUGACAAAGUUCAGUUCAUCAUCAGCAUCAAAGAAAUCCCAGUGAAGGAAGCCAGGAAUGCAGAGAUGGCUUUACUGUGUGGCAACCAACAGGAUGCUGAGGCCAUCCUCCUGCAGGCUGGCCUCAUUUUCAGGGCCAUAAUGCUCAACAUACAGCUCUACAAUUGGGACAGGUGGGCUGGCUGUUCAUAGUCUGUGUACGACGACCUGUCUGUUAUGGUGUACGACCUGUCUCUUAUGGUGUACGACCUGUCUGUUAUGGUGUACGACCUGUCUUUUAUGGUGUAUGACCUGUCUGUUAUGGUGUACAACCUGUCUGUUAUGGUGUAUGACCUGUCUGUUAUGGUGUACGACCUGUCUUUUAUGGUGUAUGACCUGUCUGUUAUGGUGUACGACCUGUCUAUUAUGGUGUACGACCUGUCUGUUAUGGUGUUCGACCUGUCUUUUAUGGUGUACGACCUGUCUGCUAUGGUGUACGACCUGUCUUUUAUGGUGUACGACCUGUCUGUUAUGGUGUACGACCUGUCUAUUAUGGUGUACGACCUGUCUGUUAUGGUGUACGACCUGUCUAUUAUGGUGUACGACCUGUCUGUUAUGGUGUUCGACCAGUGUUAGUCACAGGUUAUGGUUUUAUUAUAACAAUAUCGGUUGUCUUUUAUAUGUUUUCAAUUAUAGAUUAUGUUUCAUCAUUAAGACCGAUCUUAAACAUGGGCACUUGUUUGUAGUCUGAUGACUCCAAGGGCCUUGUUUGUGGUCUGAUGACUCCAUGGGCCUUGUUUGUAGUCUGAUAACUCCAAGGGCCUAUUUUGUAGUCUGAUGACUUCAAGGGCGAGUUUUCAUAAUCGGAAGACGUUCAUAAACUCCUUUAUUUUAAAUUUACGUUAGUAUAAAUGGUACAUUUUGUCCCCCUAUUCAUGGAUAUAAAGCUUACAUAUGGAUCCUUUUUGGGGUGUGUUGAUCCAAGAUGGAGAACCUCUGCCUCAGAUCUCAGGGAUAUGUGGAUGUCUUUGACCACCUCUGCUUCAGAUCUCAGGGAUAUGUGGAUGUCUUUGACCACCUCUGCCUCAGAUCUCAGGGAUAUGUGGAUGUCUUUGACCACCUCUGCCUCAGAUCUCAGGGAUAUGUGGAUGUCUUUGACCACCUCUGCCUCAGAUCUCAGGGAUAUGUGGAUGUCUUUGACCACCUCUGCCUCAGAUCUCAGGGAUAUGUGGAUGUCUUUGACCACCUCUGCCUCAGAUCUCAGGGAUAUGUGGAUGUCUUUGACCACCUCUGCCUCAGAUCUCAGGGAUAUGUGGAUGUCUUUGACCACCUCUGCCUCAGAUCGCAGGGAUAUGUGGAUGUCUUUGACCACCUCUGCCUCAGAUCUCAGGGAUAUGUGGAUGUCUUUGACCACCUCUGCCUCAGAUCUCAGGGAUAUGUGGAUGUCUUUGACCACCUCUGCCUCAGAUCUCAGGGAUAUGUGGAUGUCUUUGACCACCUCUGCCUCAGAUCUCAGGGAUAUGUGGAUGUCUUUGACAAUUAUUAUGAUUUUUAAAAAAGCCUCCUUUACCACUGGUUCUCAGCUCAACUGUUUCUGUGGUGUUCAUUGCUUGACUCCUCUACCACUGGUUCUCAGCUCAACUGUUUCUGUGGUGUUCAUUGCUUGACUCCUCUACCACUGGUUCUCAGCUCAACUGUUUCUGUGGUGUUCAUUGCUUGACUCCUCUACCACUGGUUCUCAGCUCAACUGUUUCUGUGGUGUUCAUUGCUUGACUCCUCUACCACUGGUUCUCAGCUCAACUGUUUCUGUGGUGUUCAUUGCUUGACUCCUCUACCACUGGUUCUCAGCUCAACUGUUUCUGUGGUCUUCAUUGCUUGACUCCUCCUUGUUUCAGAGCCCUGGAGUUGGCAGUGAAGAACAAAACACACGUGGACACUGUCCUGGGCUACAGACAGAAGUUCUUAGCCAGAUUCGACAAACCUGAGGCUAAUAAAAGAUAUCUUCAAUACAAGGAAGGGGUUAGUAGAUGUGCAGUUCAUUGUCUUGUCUAAGCAAAAAUUUAAAAAUUAUUUUUGACUUAAUAGACUUUUAAUUUUGAAUUUUUUUCUAAUGAACCAUUUUAUUGAAUGGUCAACAGAUUGAAAUUGACUGGGAUAAAAUCAACAGUAAAAUCGAGAUGGAGUACCAGAAAGAAAGGGAGCGGCCAGCCGCAGGUGUAGGGCCGACUGCUGGCAGUCGUAGCGGUGCGGUCAGAACAUAAACCAUCAUUUUAUUUCAUUUUGUUUAGGUCAACUUAACCAACCAGUCCAGAAUAUUCUUUUUAUAAACCUACCAGUCCAGAACAUUCUUUUUAUAAACCUACCAGUCCAGAAUAUUCUUUUUAUAAACCUACCAGUACCAGUCCAGAAUAUUCUUUUUAUAAACCUACCAGUGCCAGUCCAGAACACUCUUUUUAUAAACCGACAAUAUUGUUGUUCAUACAAUUCCACAAAAUUAAGAGAAUUUUUUUGUUUUAAUUCCAUCCUUUAACUCAGGAACUGUCCAUUGAAGAUCUGCACUGUGCAGCAAUUUAGAGCUUUUUGGGUGCCUUUCAAAAAUGUGAUUUUUCACAUGCAAAUACAAUAGCUAGACCCCAUAAAGUAUAUAUUUAUUGAAAGUAGACUGGGUGGGGAAUCAUACUGGCUAUUUUUGAAUGAUAUUUUAUACUCGCUGACCAUGACCGUGACCUUGAAGUGACCAAGAAUAAAGAAAAAAAAAAAAUUUUUAAGUACCUCAAAGUACAAUUUUUUUGUUGAAGCCGUAUCAUUAUGUUUAUAUAAUAUGUUUGUGUGAAUCACUUAAGACAUUAACUCAAAAGAAUCAUCAAAAAGAUUCCUAACUGAUUUAUUUUUUAAGCCAGAUGGUCCAGCUAUGGCCUCAUCCACGUCCUGAAAAUCUACUGACACAAAUUCGCUUGUGAAAGAUCAUUGUAAAAAUAACUCCAAAGUUUAAAAAAAGGACACGGAAGAGCGAAAAACAGAAGUUCAUUUAUUAAUAAAAGGAAGUGGUUUUAUUUGGUGUAAAAUAUUGGACUGGAACUUAUUCUUUCAAAGCAAUUUGUAGUGGACGACACAGUUUGGGAAGAGGAAAUAUGCUGAUGAAAUCGACCGAUGACAGUUCGUGGGUUAAAAUAUCUAUUAUCUAAGAUUCUUUAAACUUUUCAUUUUGCUAAAUUAUUAUUUUUAUAAGUGAUAUAACAAAAAGACUUGUCAAGAAUGACCAUACAUUGACCUAUUGUAUGCUGAUCUUACUGCAUUAUUUAAAAUCCUACUGUGCACUAUAAUAUUUGUUUGUGGGUGACAGGUUUGUGAUGUUCUGUCCCUGACUGGCAAAUUUUGCUAACCAUUAGAAAUUUGGCCUCUGAAUGAAUGAACAAGAGAAUAAAAUUUUUAAACAAAUGAAGAAAACUGUGUAAACCUUGGGCCAGGUUUCUCUCACUGGAUCCUGUCCCUGCCAAACAGCUUAGGCACAGAGCCGUUCUUAGGAGUUUGGGGACCCUAAGCAUGGAGCGUAGGUUGAGGGCCCCGGAAUGGGGGGUCCAGGGGUGGAGCUCCCUCGAGCUGAGGAGAAAAUACCACCCACCACUGCGGCACCUCCAUCAAUGUUUCCUCUUUUCUUUGCUCGCGUGUAACCACUAACCAUAUUGAUAAUUCCGCCACUAGAGAAAAUGUGUUCUUCUGAAAUAUAUGGACAUGCAGGUGGUAGUGGGGCCCUAGGCGGUUGCCUAGUUUGCCUACAUGCCUAAGAAUGGCUCUGGUGGCACUUAUUUCCUUAUUUUGAGGAAGGACAUUGCCCCCAGCUAUCGAGGGCGCCUCACGGGGGCCCCCUCACCUUCGGGGCCCUAUGCGGAUGCGUAGUCAGCGUAUGCCUAAGAACGGGCCUGUUGGGCAUCAGCAGCCAACAAACAGAUUGGUGUCUGGUGUUCCUUGCCAAGCACCAGUUGGGCACAACUAAGUGAAUGAGUGAUGGAAAUGUGUUGUGAUCUGUGUGUCAUUGUGAAGGACUAGACUGUGAUAUUUUUAAUUUCAUCAUGUCCAUUCAUUGGUCAGUAUAAUUAUUCCUUCGUUUGUUUGCCGUUAUAUUAUUAUUGUACAUUUAACCAUUCCGUCCAUCUCAGAUUAACCACGUCCAUCUCAGAUUAACCAAACUUUUAAAAUGGUGUGACUCUAGGACAAUUUAGUGAUUGCUCUAAAAAACCUUUCUGUUGAGCCACAAUGACUGUUACAAAAAAAAUCAAUGCUUAAAAAAUCACUAUAAGAGAAAAAACUAAUUCCAUGGACAUGAUUUAGUUUUAAGUUAAGUUCCUCUGCUAAAAUUGAGAUGACAUUCAGUCAUUGUUAACCAGAUUUAUUUUUUUAUUUUCUUAGAUGAGUUUGUUUAGGG